UCAUUUCCUACCAACAGCAAUCCUCCAGAAGGUUUGACUCCCCAAGUUUGGUUAAUAGAGCCUUGGUAAGCCACUGCUCGAAUGCUGUGGACCCAGAAACAAUUCCAGGGUAGCUUCCUAGCGAUUUGUAGAAAUAAAACUCCAGCAAUCCAGUAAGACAGACCAGUUUGACCCCACCACAUUUCUACAGUCCCUGUGCAUCUGUCUUCGAGAUACCAACAACUUCGAACACUACCCAAUGCUCUCGUCGCCUCCCUAGAGUAAACACAUAUCACAACGAUGGCCCUAUCCCAGCUUCUCGAUCUCCGCCUCUCAUUCUAUCUGGGUUUCCUAACCUGUUUCUGCGCAAUCAUAAUCUAUCAGAUCCGUUCCCGUCAAGUUCCCAAAGGUCUCCGUCGGCCUCCCGGUCCCAGAGGACUUCCUCUCGUCGGAAACACACUUCAAUUGGGUCCGCAGCCACAAAAGAUAUUAAAAGCAUGGGCAGACAAAUAUGGCGAAAUCAUGCAGGUACAAAUCGGAUGGGAGAAUUGGGUGUACCUGAAUUCUCCUGAGGCCGUCAAAGAGAUCAUCGACAAACAGAGUGCUGUCACUUCUGGUCGCGCACCAAUGCCCGUUGGAAACGGCAUAAUCAGCGGUGGCAUGCGGUUCCUGCUCAUGGGAUAUACUCCAACGUGGAGAAAACUCAGAGCAAUUGUGCAUAAGCUUCUCACGCAUAAAGUCUCAGAUUUGUACAGACCAUCACAGGAGUUCGAAGCAAAGCAACUGCUGUUCGACUUGUUGACAGAGAACACAAAUCAGGAGGACUUUUAUAUGCACAUCAGACGGUACUCAACUUCAGUUGUCCUGACGUCAACAUACGGGCGAAGAGUUCCAAAAUGGGACUGCGAAGAUGUCAGAGAAAUCUACGGUCUUAUGAAAGAAUUUUCCGAUAGCACUGCACCAGGAGCUUUCUUAGCCGACUUGAUUCCCCCUCUUGCAAAACUCCCUGUGUUUCUUCAAUGGUGGAGACCAAGAGCUUUGAAAUACAAGCAGCGACAAGUCAAGAUCUGGACCAAGCUCUGGAAUAAUUUGAUGGUACAAAUUGAUACGAAGUCGGCUCCCGAGUGCUUUGUGAAGCAGUUUGCGGAGACGGAUUACAAGAAACAAGACAUUGGUGAAGUCCAGGCCGCGUUCGUGGCUGGAACAAUGAUCGAGGCUGGAUCAGAGACUACUUCAUCUUCUCUCAAUACCGCGAUACUGUACCUCGCGGCAAAUCCCAACGUCCAAGAGCGAGCCCACGCCGAACUUGACAAAGUAGUCGAGUCUUCGUCCUCACCAUCUUUCGAGCACGAAGCUGACCUUCCUUACAUCCGCACAAUGGUCAAAGAAAUUCUACGAAUUCGACCAGUCACGAACAUCGGAACUCCACACUACACUACAGCUGAUGUCAUCUACAAAGAUUUCUACAUCCCCAAAGGCACAAUAGUCAGCAUCCACCAAUACGCGCUUCACAUGGACGCUUCUCGAUACGAAGAUCCAUACGCCUUCAAACCCGAACGAUACCUUAACCACCCAUACAAAGCAGGAGCAUACGCCAGCCAUCCCGAUCCUUAUGCACGAGAUCAUUUUGAUUUCGGUGGCGGUAGGAGAAUCUGUCCUGGUAUGCACCUUGCCGAAAACAGCCUCUAUAUUACACUGGCGAAGAUUCUUUGGGCGUUUAAGAUUGAGCCGGGUAUGAAUCCUGAUGGGUCGGUGCAAAUUGUGGAUACUUCGGAUGAUGCAUAUGAAUUGGGGGCUAAUACUUUGCCAAAACCUUUCAAGGCGCGCUUCAUUCCUAGAGAUGAGCAGAGAGCGAGAGUUGUGCGUGAGGAGUGGGAGAAGGCUCAGCGGGAUGGUUUCUACUUGAGAAACACGAAGGUUGAUGCGAAUGGGAUGGUUACGGGAUCCUAAAUCAUGGGUCUUCUGGGCAACUUACACUCUUUGGCUCCAGUAUUUGACAUUGAAUUGUUGACUAAUCGUGGUAGCAUCUCCCACAACUGUUGUGCCAACAUUUACACUCCAUAAGCAGUAGAUGUGGAUACCUGUGAUCAGUCUUGG